GAUCCGGGACACCACGUGGUUGGGUCUCUUUUCAGUGGCAGCCAUGGCGGAACAAACCGAGAGGGCCUACCAGAAACAGGCACCCAUCUUCCAAAACAGAAAGCGCGUUCUUGGACAAGUUCUAGGAAAGAAGAAGGAAUUACGCUAUGUCAGAAAUGUUGGUCUAGGAUUCAAGACACCUAAAGAUGCUAUUGAAGGUAACUACAUCGACAAGAAGUGUCCCUUCACUGGAAACGUCAGCAUUCGUGGCCGUAUUCUUACUGGGGUGAUAAAAAGCAUGAAGAUGAAGAGAACCAUUGUUGUAAGACGUGACUAUCUUCACUACAUCAAGAAAUACAACAGAUUUGAGAAACGCCACAAGACCUUGUCUGCACAUCUGUCACCUUGCUUCAGGGAUGCUGCAUUAGGAGAUGUUGUAACUGUUGGUCAGUGCCGUCCCCUUAGCAAGACUGUUCGCUUCAAUGUGCUCAAGAUCGCUAAGGGAACAGGAGUCCAGAAGGAUAAGAAACAAUUUGAAAAAUUCUAAACAUGCUCUAAUAAAUUGCUGUUGUGGCUGAAUGGUA